GAGAAUGGCGGACGGCUUCUCGCUCAACGAUGCUUUGUCUGGAUCUGGACGCCCGAAUCCUCAAGGAUGGCCCGGGGCCGGGGGCUACCCAGGGGCUGGCUACCCUGGCGCCUACCCUGGGCAGCCUGCUCCUGGGGCUUACCCUGGACAGAUGCCUCCUGGGGGCUUCCCGGGCCAGGCGGCCCCUGGGGCUUAUCCUGGCCAGGCACCAGGUGCCUAUCCAGGUGCCCCUGCGCCCGGCUCCUACCCUGGGGCCGCGCCCGGCUCCUACCCUGGGGCUCCGCCCAGCUCCUACCCUGGGGCUGCACCCGGAGCCUACCCCAGUGCCAGCCCCUACGGGGCGCCCUCUGGACCGCUGACUGUGCCCUAUGACCUGCCCCUGCCUGGCGGCGUCAUGCCGCGCAUGCUCAUAACGAUUGUGGGCACCGUGAAGCCCAACGCCAACAGACUGGCCCUAGACUUCAAGCAGGGGAACGACGUGGCCUUCCACUUCAACCCGCGCUUCAACGAGAACAACAGGCGGGUCAUCGUGUGCAACACCAAGCAGAACAACGCCUGGGGGCGCGAGGAGCGGCAGCAGGCCUUCCCCUUUGAGAUCGGCAAGCAGUUCAAAAUCCAAGUGCUGGUGGAGCCCGACCACUUCAAGGUGGCGGUCAAUGACGCCCACCUGCUGCAGUACAGUCACCGGGUGAGAAACUUCACGCAAAUCAACAAACUGGGGAUUUCUGGCGACAUCAACCUCAGCAGCGCGUCGUACACUAUGAUAUAAUCCGGAAGGGCAGAUGCUCCCGUAAAAAGGAUCCAAUCCGAACCUUACCUGUUCAAAGGCUUCAGGUUCACUGCGAGGGAAAAGUUUCACAUUUUUGCAGCAAUAUUCUUCUCGUCAGUCACUCAUUUAAUAAAUGUCACAUGAAGUCA